UCCAGAAUAAUGAUGGCCGUCUCAAGUUCCUCGUGAGUGUAGAUAAUACUAUUGGUGCACAACUAGCCAUGCUGAUAUUCUUCUAGGGGCCUUGAAAUUGGCAACUCCAGAGGCAAUGCCAGGAAAAAGAUCUGUUACAGUGAACCUUGUCAUCUCCCAAGACCAGUCUCUCCUACUCUUCUUGUUAUUCUUAUUCUUUCCUAAUUUUUCUUUCUCCUGUCAUUCUUCGUCAUUAUUCUUUUAUCACUUUACUGUUAUUGUUCUUGUUAUUUUCAGAGCCGAACACGAACCUAUCUUCGAAUAGCUUAUAUUUUUCUACUAUAGCAAUACAAGAGGUGUUUAAAUUC